UUCACCAUCCAUCGGACAGUCAGCUGCUGCUUGCUGGCUCGCUCCACAUCGAAAAUCUAAAUGAAUAUCAAAUAUUAACUUUUACGGUAUUUUAAUUAUUGAAAUUCAAUUUACACUAUUUGAAAUAUAAUUGUUCUCAUAUCUUAUCAAGGUCUAUGUACAAUGUAGCUGUGAUAUCAAGAAAUUUACCUUGAAUUGGAUCUCAUCGCGGAUAUUACAAUGAUCUUCGAGUCGUACCAAUAACACAAAUAGAUUUCUCCUCUAAAAUCAAGUUAUCAUGGAUGUCGUGAUAAUUGACCUCGUUUCGUCGUCCUCCGAUUCAGAAGAAGACGUCGACCCCCCUCCACUUCUCCAAAAUCUCCCCCAAAAACAAAACCACUGCUCUCUCCUGCCACACCAUCACCGGUACAUCUUCCACUCCAUAGUCACCCAAAAUUAUGGUCAAGAUUUCCCCCAUUUGAGUCAAGAAUUCGGAAAACUCACCCUUUCCUCCCAACUCCGUCAAUUCCUCGUCGCCACGGCCCAGUCGCAAGAAGCGCUCGGAGUUAAGCACAAAUUAAUCCGGGAUUUGACCUCGCACCUUAGAACAAUCCUCCCCUCAUGUCAAGUCCACCCUUUCGGCUCGUAUUUUACCCAACUCUCUGAAGACUCGAGUGACCUUGACCUCUUCGUGUGGACGAGUAACGCCUCGAUUUCGGGGGGAAUUAGUAAAUCCGCGGGGAAGAAGGUGCUAGAAGCAGUGACCAAAUUAUUGCAGAGAUUACAAAAUUUUUCUAUUCGGGUCAUCCCAAUUCGACAUGCGCGUGUUCCUAUUGUUCGUUUCACGCAUAAAAGUUCCCGAAUCCAGUGUGACCUCUCGUUCGGGACGUUUUUAGCCGUGCGAAAUUCUGAGCUGAUCUCUUUUUAUAUGAAGCUUCAUCCCGUGGUGGAUAUCAUGAUGAGAUUCGUGCGAUUCUGGGCGAACUUCCAUGAGCUUAGUGGUUCCUUCAAGGUCAAGAAUUACUGUUUGAAUUUGCUCGUUCUGUUUUAUUGUGGAUGGAGGAAAAUCGUGCCGACUUUGGGGGAGAUUCAAGGUUUAGAAGGGGUCGAAUCGGAGCAUGAAUUCGAUGAGAUUGAGGGCUGGGAAACCCUAGUUCCGUGCCAAACUCGUCAAAAUUUCGACCUUAUCCAGUCCACGUUUCAGUCUCGUCUUCAAAAUCUAAAUGAUCCUGUCUCCUUUACGACACACGUUCUCCACGAGCUUAUCCAUUUCUUCUCCUUCUACGCGGACAUGCAUUUCGAAUCACAUAUUUUGGCCACAAACACGUCUGAAGUCGUGAGUAAAGAAGAAUUUGCGUCACCACGACCACACACAUCCUCCAUCGCUGCCAGAAUGUACCAAAAUUGUCUGGGGACAAGAAAUAUAUCGUCCAAACCCAAGGGAAAAUCCAAGGAAAAACCGUUCCGGACAAACGCACCGCUUUGCGUCCAAGAUCCAUUCGCUCUUAACGUCAACGUGGGCGGACUAACGAAUAAACCUUUGCUCCAACAUUUUCAGCUCUGUUGUCGACAAACGGCUCUCUUACUGGGAAACGUGGAAAAGUUUGAUACCUCAAUUUUGGAUAUAUUUCGCCCCAUCAAGUUCAUAGAACAAGAUAAUGGGAACAAAUUCCCGAAGAAAGCAAGGUACGAUAAGGGAACGAAUAAAAGAAGUGAUGACUCCACUACUAAAUCAUUUGAAAUGCUGCAAGAAAUUUGUAUCCUGACGAAGACUAAAUAUCCCCUGGUCAUGGAAGGGGGCAAAAUUUUUGACCUACCGAUCCGACCAACAUCUCCAUUUGUGCGACAAUUCGUCCAUAGUGCGAUACAAGUUUGGAACAUUACGGCAAAAUGUGACAAUUGGAAAUUGUUACAGAAACUUAAAAUGCUCUGGGUCUCUUUCACAAUGGAUUUUAUGACAAAUUUCUUUACGAAGUGCUUCAAAAUGGAGGAAAUUCCAGAUUCAAAAUGUGACGACGGAUGGGAAAUUUAUCCUACUUCAUCAUCCUCCUCAUCUUCCACUGCCGCUGACCCCGUGAAAUACCCUCUCGUUGUUUUCCAUGAGGUGGAGGAAGCUUUCAAGACGUUUGACGUGUUACCACAAAAGUUUAUCAGCGUUCCGAUCGACGCCAGGGAAAACAUAUUUAUCAAAUUUGAUGCACUCGAUGAGAUUAAGGCUGAAACACGAUGUCGAAUUUACCACUUUAAGACAAACUAUUCCAAUUUAUUUUCACCUCGAGGAAGAGACGCUGUUAGAAAGGAGGUACAAAAUUUAUCCCAAAACCCACUCCAAGCCGAGGAACAAGUUAGUAACGCUAUUAUUGACGCAAGUCCUCCCCCUCAAAAUGAUAAUGUGGAGAUGAAAAUGUACGUGAAAUUGGACUCGACCAUGGCGGAGGAACUACCCACGAUGCACCUUGUUUUUCAAGGGAAUGGUGAUAAGCAAGAUGAACACGUUUCAACGUUGACGUCCUUAGUAUCAAAAAUCCUUCCGGAAUAUGCCAUCUAUCGUUUGAGGAAUUGGUUGGAGGCUACAAACUAAUUGGACAAGCUUAUUACGUCAAAUUUACUGUCAGAAAAAAGAUAUAUUAAUUUUUUACCAUAAUCAAAAUUUUUCUUGUUAUAAUUUACUUUCAUUUUUGAAAGAUUUCAAUAUGUGGAAAUAACCUGUAUUAAAAUUAAAUUAGAUGCGUAAGAUUAUGUAGGUUAGAGAUUAAUUUUUGUACGACUCGGGUGCAGUCAAGUUGUCCGACAAGAUUUUUGUGUACCUUUUAUAUACUUGGACUCUGCGAUACAUGAAACGACUUAUAGUAUUGGUAAUAAAUUGCGUAAAAAUAUCUAGAUACGUA